CGGCUGCGCACACGGCGCGGCGCCGGGCUGCCCCUCUGCUUUUCCCUGCCUCUCCUGCCCUUCCUCCUGCUCCUUCCCGUCCUCCUCCUCCUUCCCUCGGCUCCCAUGGCGGCGAGUGACACGGAAAGGGCCCAGCAGCAGAUUGAUGAAAUUGAAGCCCUUUCAUCCAUCUAUGGUGAUGAUUGGUGUGUUGUUGAUGAAGAUGAAAAAAUCUAUUGCAUUAAGAUUAGUGACUGUCUGGAUCAACCAAAAUGGACCCUUUGUUUACAGGUGAUUUUGCCACCAGGAUAUCCAACUGCAGAACCACCUAUUUAUCAACUAAAUGCCCCUUGGCUUCGAGGACAAGACUAUACAGAGCUAGCAAAUAGCUUGGAAGAAAUAUAUGUGCAGAACCUUGGUGAAAGUAUACUGUAUUUAUGGGUGGAGAAGAUACGAGAAGUUCUGGUAGAAAAGGCACAGUCUUCAGAUCCAGAACCAGAUAUUAAGAAAAUCACUGAAGAAGUUGAUGAAGAUGAUGGAAGUGAUUUUCUCCUAGACUAUCAGCCCACUCAGGAAAAUCAAAUGUUGAAUUGUAUGACAUCUGAAAGUCAGGAAGAUGAAGAACUGCCCCCCAUACAUCAUGGAAACCCAAUCACAGAUCGAAGGAGCACUUUCCAGGCACAUUUAGCUCCAGUGGUGACAACCAGACAAGUUAAAAGAGUUCUUGAAAAAUUAUAUGAGAAUAAGAAAAUUGCAAGUGCUACUCACAACAUAUAUGCAUACAGAAUAUACUGUGAAGAUAAGCAGACGUUCCUACAGGAUUGUGAAGAUGAUGGAGAGACAGCUGCAGGUGGACGUCUUCUCCAUCUUAUGCAGAUUCUGAAUGUCCACAAUGUGUUAGUUGUGGUGUCCCGCUGGUAUGGAGGUAUUCUCUUGGGACCAGAUCGUUUCAAACAUAUAAACAAUUGUGCAAGAAAUGUACUUGUAGAGUACGACUAUGUACCAUCAACGGAAGAAUCUUCUAGACAAACUGGAAAGAGCAAAAAGAUAAGGAAGGAAAACAAGAAGAGAACAGAGCACUAAUUCAUUUUUAAAAAACUUUUAGAAGAUUAUUUUGCACAUAUUUAUACAAAAAAAUCCUGGACCUUAUUGCUUUAUAUCAUAGAAUGGACAUGUUGUAUUUGGAAAAGAAUUCAUUAAAGCCAUAGAUAUAUUUUCA